ACCCUAGGCGGCCUCCAAUCAGCCCAGAAACGAUCAUGGAUUUCAGUUACUGUCCAAACUGCAAGAGAAACACCGAGACGGUGAGUGAUUACGCUGUUGGGGACACAAUCUGCUGCGAGUGUGGAUGGAUUCUGGAAUCCUCCAUGUACGUUGAUGAACAACACGUAUCUCGCGAUCGCCGUGAAAAUUGGGAAACCAAGUACGUCAGAGAUUGUCAAGACCAACCCUAUGUCGAUGAAAAUGUUUCAUUAUACUUUUGUGAUGGGUCCGGUGCCGGUGCCGGUGCCUCUGAUGGGUCCUUGGCUUCGUCCCUCCGCGAAUUGAGUAUGUACGAUUCGGAGAUUUCGUCACUCGCUGCAGGGGACGACGUCGUGACGCGGGUCUGUUUUCGACUCGGCAUGGAGAGUGAAGCCAUUAAUGUUGUUCGAGAAGCUGUAUCUAUUUGUAAAGAGCUUCGUAUUGAUCAGGGGAACUCCAGGCCAGUCCUGGCAGCGAUUCUUUACAUGAUCGCCCAGAUUUCAGAUGAUCAAAAGUCUCUUCUAGAUAUAUCAAUGGCAACUGGAGUUGGUGAAGAGGAAAUCAAGAAGUCAUACAAGGAUAUAUAUCCGUUUGCAUCAAGGAUAAUACCCUAUUGGUAUGCCAAUGAGGAGCAGAAAUGCAGAAUGCACUUUGCCAACCUUGAGAUUGCUCCACCAUAA